GAGUCAUUCCUUCAUGGGCAGGAUCUGGAUGAUGAUGUGCUGCUGACCAAACAAACACUUGAAGAGCACUAGAACUUUCUCUUGCUACAACAACAGCAAAUCACUUCAUUAACUGAAGCUGAGCGGGUUUAACAUGUUUCAUUCGUGAUCAUCUGAGCGCAGGACUUUCAGUUAUUCGCCAUUUAUAGAAGAUCACAUUCAAUCAACAGGUGAAACUCAAGAUGCCCAGCCAGACUCUGUGUCCCAGACUGUGCGUCCUGGAGAAGGGCGAGAACGGAUACGGCUUCCAUCUGCACGGAGAGAAGGGCAAAACAGGCCAGUUCAUACGCCUGGUGGAGCCCGAUUCCCCCGCCGAGCUGUCCGGGCUGCGCGCGGGCGACCGGCUCGUGUUCGUGAACGGGGAGCGCGUAGAGAGCGACAGCCAUCAGCAGGUCGUGUCGCGGAUACGCGCAACCGCCGGUAAUCUGGAGCUCGUAGUGGUGGAUCUUCAAACCGACCAGCUGCUAAAGAAACACGAGCUGAAGUGCGUGAAGGAGUUCGUCACGGAGGGUAUUCCGGUGCCGGAGUGCGAUGAGCCAGAGAUCUGCAGGGAUCUGAUGGGGAAUGGCACACCGAGAGAGUCUCCGUCUCCAUCGCCGCCGCCGGUGCCCGAGAGGAACGGACAGAUCAUUUCCGUGCACAUUCCCGCGGUGGAGAAACUCCGAUCAUCCGUGAGCUCGGACAUGGAAGUGGGUCCCUCGCAAGAGGAUCAUCAUAUUUGGGGGUCCUUGGCAUCAAAAAGUUUGAAAACCCCUGCUCUGCUCAAUAACUCUAUCAGUCCUGUUGCCAUUCUGGGAGAGUGCAGACAUACACCACCUGCAACCAGACCAAGAGACUUUAAGCUGGAGCUCAGACCUCGGCUCUGUGUCAUUCGGAAAGGCCCAAACGGCUUCGGCUUCAACCUGCACAGUGAGAAGUCCCGACCCGGUCAGUACAUCAGAGCUAUAGAUGUUGACUCGCCAGCAGAGAGGUCCGGUCUGCAUCCCAAAGACCAGAUAAUACAGGUGAAUGGAGUUCCAGUGGAAGGCAAGCAGCAUUCAGAGGUGGUGGCUGCUAUUAAAGCCAGUGGAGAUGAGACGGCUCUCUUAGUUGUAGAUCCAGACACAGAUGCUUUCUUCAAGAAGUGUCGGGUGACGCCCUCUGCAGAGCACAUCACAGGACCGUUGCCUGAACCAGUGCUCAACGGAGACAUGGAGGACAAGGUUAAUGGAAAUGUGGCCAAACAGGUGCAGCUGAAGGACUCAAAGCUGUCGGUCAGUCCGUCCCCAUCCAACGCAUCCUCCAGCACAUCUCUCACGACUCCGCCCACUGGGACUCCACCCCCUGAGGGGGUGGAGCCGUCAAUCAUAAAUGCCAUACCAGAGCUGAAUCUGUCCCUACAGCAGGUGAAGGAGCGCGCUCACCAGAAACGCUCCAAUAAGAGAGCUCCACCCAUGGACUGGAGCAAGAAAAAUGAACUCUUCAGUAACCUAUAGACCUCUGUCAGACCUCUCCAUCCAUCAAGACUUUUUGACAUAGACACGGCAGAUAUAAUGAGGUCAUCAGUAGGGCCAGUAUGAUAUAUAUAUAAAUAUAUAUAUGUACAGUGUGUAUAUAUACACACAGAUUUAUAUUGUAUUCAGAAAUAUAUAUUUGAACUACUAACAGAUUUUAUCAGUAAAUUUAGGGCAAAUGGAAUGUAACAUUCUACAACGGUGAUGCAUUUCAACCACUGGCUACAGUAUGUUCAGAAUGGAAUACUAACUUACCACUUACUGUAUACUGCUCAAUAUUUGAAAGUGAAACUGAAAAGAAAUAAUUCCAUGCCAAACAUUUCAAACAGUAGUAUGCUACAUUUUGGUCACAAGACCUCAUUGUGUUGCAUGUGAGUGGUAUCCAGUAAUCAUCUUGAAAAUAAUUACACUUAUUUUGCAUUUUAGUGUAGUAGGUCACCAGGGUAAAAAAUUGCUCUAUACUUUAGUAUAAUCAUAUAGUAUAUACACUCACUUAGCACUUUAUUAGGAACACGAUGAUCCAAAUAAAGUUCCUGGCGUGGUCUUCUACUGUUGUAGCACAUUUGCCUCAACGUUCAAUGUAUUGUGCUUUCUGAGAUGCUGUUCUGCUUACUAUAAUUGUACAGUGCGGUUGUCUGAGUUACCGUAGCUGUUGUGUCAGCUCGAACCAGUCUGGCCAUUCUCCGUUGACCGCUCUCAUCAACAUGUCGUUUCCGUCCACAGAACUGCUGCUCACUGGAUGUUUUUUGUUUUUUCUAGAGUAAAUUCUAGAGACUGUUGUGCGUGAAAAUCCCAGGAGAUCAGCAGUUACAGAAAUACUCAAACCAGCCCGUCUGGCACCAACAAUCAUGCCACUGUCGAAAUCACUGAGAUCAAAUUUUUUCCCCAUUCUGAUGGCUGAUGUGAACAUUAACUGAAUCUCCUGACCCAUAUCUGAAUGAUUUUAUGCACUGUACUGCUGCCACACAAUUAGAUAAUGGCAUGGUUAGAUGUUCCUAAUGAAGUGCUCAGUGAGUGUAAGUAUGCUAUAUAAUGCAGAAAUAGUAAGAAUAGUAUGUUAGUAUGCUAUUCUGAACAUAGCCCUAAUGUACCUAAUCCACCAUGUAUGUUUGAUAUUGAGCAGAUGUGAUUCUGUCAUGCGCAUGAGGCUGUACUGGAAAGUUCUAACUUAACAAUGUAGUUAAGUAUGAGUUCAAUUUCAUGAAUAAUUUUUUAAGCCGUUCUCAGCCUUAGCCUUAUUUCUCUACUAAUUCUGUUUUUCUGAAACACCUUACUGUUUUAUAAUGACGGACCAAAUAAACUGUUGAUAGAAAUGAAUUCUUCACUUACACUGUAAGCCAAUGAGUGCAUUUGUUAACUAAGAAUGACAUAUCAUAUACAGGAUAUGUUGCCAUUAUUGCUGAAAACAGAAAUAUACAGAGUCUGAGACCUCACUGAAAAUAAAUGGCAUUUAAAAUCCCAUUUAAACCUGGAAAUAAAAGCAAAAAAAUCAGAAAUAUUUAAGAUGCUGCUCUAGUUCUGGGUUACUAACAAAAUGUAAAAGCGAAUUUGUGACAUUAACCAUGUUAAUGACUUUGAACUGUAGAUCAGAGGUCGUGCCACAAAUACACAUUUUUCCUAAAUUGUUAUGCAAAUAAUUUUUUUUAUUUUUUUAUUCCAUUAGCAAAAAUGCAAAAUAAAAGCAUUUUCACAUGGUCUCAGACUUCAGGACACUUGUCAAAGUAUAUUCAAAUGGCCACAUAUUCUAAUCACCAAAGUAUUUUGAAAUGCCCACUAUUUGAAUUUUUUUCUGUUUGUUUUAUGUAUAUAGUCCAAUGUUGACACCAUAAUACUGCACUUGAUCACUGGUGUAUUGGUUGUCGUUUCCUGUAUGUGUGCACAUGUGAAUGUUAUUUCCAUGUAACAAUACAUUUAUACAUCACACCCACUUUGUCAGAUGCUAUAUUUCAGUGGACAAAUUACUAAAUUGUUACAAUCCAGGUUUGGGACCAACAUAAGAAGUUGUCAAAAGUAGAAAAGAAAAGAAAACAACAAAGUAGCAGUUAUGAAGUGCAGACAGCACCUUUUAAAAUGGCAGGACUUCAGGUGUAGCUGGUUAGAGUCCGCCCCAAUCUAAUUGGCAGCCUCACACAGGAAAAACAAAGCAAGAAAGCAGGGGUACGUGGCACCCCCACCAAUAAAACGUUUCACUUGAGCUGCAGGCCUGAAGUUCUAAUGCUUUGAAAGGCAGGGUCUUCUCCAUUUCCAAUUUUUUGGACACAAGAGAAGUACCAUAACAAAACCUAGCAUGUAAAAAUAAAAUGAGGCAAAAACAAAAAGACUAUACUCAUAAACCAACAAUAACUAUGGACAGACAAAAGCGACUUCAAAAAGACAGCAAAUCAGUGUCCACUCAAAAGUAUCACGUCAAUAAGCAAAAUGCAGCAGAAAUAAAGCAUGCAACUGGAAACAAAGUAGCAAUGCAUGCCAAAGCCAAAAACAAAAGUAUGCUACAAACAACAAUGUAGCAAUGCUGGACAGUGGCAGAAACUAAGCAUUCUGCGGAACACAAGUAGCGACGCAGGCCAGCAGCAGAAAGAAAGCACGCUACAGAAAACUUAGCGAUGCAAAACAACCAAUCCAAGUUGAAUCUAUCCCGGACGAGCUGCCAAUUACACUGGCAGCCAAAAGUUUGGAAUAAUGUACAGAUU